AUGUCCUCCGAGCCCACUCUCUUCAAGCCCAUCAAGGUAGGGGACCUUGACCUCGCACAUCGCGUAGUCUUUGCGCCCCUCACUCGUUUCCGCGCCAAUCCGGAAGACCGCACUGCUACAGACCUCUUUGUUGAAUACUACUCUCAACGUGCGCACACACCCGGCACGUUGCUGAUCACCGAGUCCAUAUUCGUGGCGCCCCAGUUGGCCGGUUACCCUGUCAUGCCAGGAUUGUGGACAGAGGCCCACCUGCAGAGUUGGAAGAAGGUUGUUGACGCUGUCCACGCUAAGGGGGGCAAGAUCGCUGUUCAGGUUGCCGGCCUCGCCGGUGUAUCUUCAACGGAGUACCUGCAAAGCGUGGGCCAGGAGCAUCUAGGAGUUUCCGAUUCGUCGGCCCUCUCACCCGAGGUGCAUCCCCGCGCGCUCACCGUACCCGAGAUCAAGGAGUUCGUUCAGCUCUAUGCGCGCGCAGCUAAAGCUGGCAUCGAGCAAGCUGGCUUUGAUGCGGUCGAGAUUCAUGCAUGCAAUGGUGAUCUGAACGAAGAGUUCCUCUCGACGACAUGGAACAAGCGCACCGACGAAUACGGUGGCUCUCCCGAGAAUCGCUCCCGUUUCUUACUUGAAGUCGUCGACGCUACCAUUGCAGCUGUCGGUGCUGGUAAAGUUGGCGUGCGCAUUGGUCCUUUUUCUCCCUUCCAAAACAUGCGCAUGCCGGAGGAAGAUAUCGUGGCUACGUACACAUACCUCGUCAAGGCCCUGCACGACAGGAAGAUUGCCUACCUGCAUGUAAUUCAGCCACGUAUCUCAGCCAGCGAUGACACGGAGAUCGGCGCAAAUGACAGUGACGACUUCGUACGCGCACUCUGGAGCGACCUCCCUUACAUCACUGCGGGAGGCUUCACCCGCGCGACGGCGAUCGCACGCGCCGAAACGUACAAGAACGAGCUUAUAUGCUUUGGUCGGCUCUUCAUCUCGAACCCGGAUCUGGUAGAGAAGCUCAAGAAGGGCCUGCAGCUCACGCCUUACGACCGGGACACAUUCUACUCGCCAGGCCCAAAGGGGUACACAGACUAUCCAUUCGCGUAG